GCAACUGGCGAAUCCCACUAGCCCUUGCGGUGCAUCGUCGUCGUCGGCAUCUGCAAGAACAAUGGUUAUGGAAAUGGUGAUGGUGGCGUGGAGGGCAGUGAUGCCUAUUAUCAUACUCGUUGCUUUUAUUUUGCUCGAGGGGUGGGUCUCUGUUCAUUCUUGCAAGCUCAUUUCCGGGAUUAAUUCCGAAAAUAUGACGACAGGAGAAAUAAUUGGCCCGAGGAUAUCAAGGUUAUGAAGGUAGCCAAUUGGCUCUUGCUUGGAUCUGAAGCUGGUUUCCUUGAACUCUUUUUCAGACACUAUUAUAUGGCGAAGUUCUGGAUGUUAAUUUUGUGCUUUGUAUCAUUUUUUGUGUUGUUCUUACUUCGGAUGAUUUUGCUGCUGCAUCUGCAUUAGUACAUUAGUGGGAAUCUUUAGAAGAGUGUCUUAGGAUUUAGGAAAGGGAAAAAAAAUGAAGAAGGAAAUGAAUUGGAAUUUUGGGCUUAAAGAGGCAUCGAUUGCCUAUGCAGACAAGGAUUUUAAAGAGAUGGUUGAACAAGGAAAUGCAUGGGAAAUAUUAGUUCUCUUAGCUUGGGAGGAGGGGUGGGUAUGCAUACUACUUGCAAUCCAUUUACAAAGAAGUAAAUCAAGUAUUACUAAAAAGCAUAAAUCUUUCAGCAGUUUGAAGCCUGAUAUGCUGCUAGUCCUAGUAGAUGUCUCUAUCAAUGGCCUGAUAUGUUGAACUAUUGGUUAGUAGUGCUCCAUGGGUUUCAUCUGAUUUUGCAGGAUGUGGUGCCUUUGAGAUCAAUAUUAUCAGCUUUGUCUCACCUGAUUCUGUGGCUAUGCUCUGCUGCAACAAUAAAUUACAUUUAGGUGUUGAGAAAGAAUAGAAACGGAAAAUGUAGAUUGCAAAUGGUAAUUAGAACCCAAUCAGCAGUUUAGUGAGAUUUCCAAUAACUUUGGAUGGAGAGAAAUUCUUUCACAUUUGAUCUGGUCCAGCUCUGUUACUUCAUUUUCCCUUUGCAGAUCUAGAUCCAAGGUAACUCCAUCCUAUAAAAUUUGCCUAAAGUU